AUGAGCCACCUCGGCCGCAAAGUCCCUGUGUGUGUCAUACUUGACAUUGACAACACUUUGCUCUCCGGCUGUCGCCGCUUUUCCGCCAGCUACCCCUUUACAGCCGUUGGCGGUGUUCUUGCCUCGCAGCACAGCUUGGCUUACUACGACGCGGAGCGGGGGCGUCACGUGCGGGACUGCAUCCUUACAGUUCGCCCUCACUUGGGCGAAUUCCUGCGUUGCGUGGGCAGGGAGCUCAGCACCACACGCGUGGCAGUUCAGGUGGGCGUGUUUACGCGCAAUACACCCUCCUACGCAAAAGCCAUUGCGACUCAAGUGCUGGGGCCGUUGAUGCCUGUGCCUUUGGCAUUUGCGUUUGGCAGCACACACUGCUGCGGCCCGGAGGGUCGGAAGAAGCCGUUGGCGGUGACCGCCUUCCCCGCCACCUCGCUGCUGGUGGACGACAGCUGUGCCUCGUUCCUCGCGGAGGAGUUUUUCAGCGGCCGCGGGGCGCUGGUGUUGCCGUUUUUCCCCGGUGUGCGGCCCUGGGGGGCGGAGGAGGAGUUGGACGACGUGCUCGCGUGCGGGGAACGCUGCGCCGCCCAUGACCCUGCCUUGCAUGAGCAGGACGAGUACGCCGCAUUUCUGGGCGACGGCGAAGCGGAGACUGCCGCCUCGCUCUGCGCCCUCAUCGCGGAGUUUGUCGCCUUUUGGCACAACAACAGCGCGGCUGCCACCGGUGCGUCAAUAAACCUUCUGACGGACCCACGCGCGGCGCGGUACCAGAGGCGGUGGUGCGACUACCACGCCCCCUUUGGCAAAAAGUUGGAGAGCAUCUUUUAA